CGCGUUUGAAUUUAAACUAUCAAGAUGAGUCCCUACUACGGAAUGUACGUAGUUCUGGGCCUGGUGUUCAAAGCACUGGAGAUCGUGUUCAGCGUGUUGAAGCUCAAUUUAGUUGCGAAGGCUUUGGAGGCACAAUUUGGCAAUUUCAUUAUCGGACUAAAUGACAAUCGACCAAAAGAAGCAGCACCAAAGGAUAGCGUUAGCAAAACGGAAAUCAACCACCUGGCUAAGAUGGUCGACUUCUGGUGGGACACCAAAGGACCGGCAAAAAUGCUCCAUACGUUCUAUCAAGUGAGGGUACCACUUGUCGUUGAAGGCUUAGCCGAAACGGGUCGAAUCUCAAAGGCCGAUAUUGCCAAACCGGACGCACUAAAGGGCGUGCGAAUUCUGGAAGCUGGCUGCGGUGGUGGCGUUCUGGCCGAAGACCUAGCUCGACUGGGAGCUUACGUCGUAGGUGUUGACCCGGGCAAAGAAAUGAUUGAUCUAGCCAAAAUCCAUCUAGAAACCAAAUCCAGCGAAUUGAAAGAUUUCCUCGAAUAUCACGACAUUACGGUGGAGGAACACGCAAAGAAGUUCGCUGGAACAUACGAUGCUAUCAUUUGCUCGGAAGUGAUGGAACAUGUAGAUGAGAAGGAAUCGAUCCUGGAAGCAUGUUGCCGUUGUUUGAAGCCUGGUGGAUCCCUGUUUGUAACUACCGAAAAUCAGACUAUGUUGGCGUGGUUCAUAUUCAUCAUCAUCCCAGAGUACAUUCUCAAGUUCAUUCCGAAAAAUACACAUUUCUACGAAAAGUUCAUCUCACCCGAAGCAGUUGCCAAGAUUACCAGCAAAUACGGCUGCCAAAUGCGCAGAGUCCGAGGAUUCUUCUAUGACCGAAUGUUUAACUCGUGGAAAUUCAUCGACAACGAUGACUGCAACUAUGGACUGCACGUUGUGAAGCAAUGAAUAAAAAUUUGAACAAAUACAAACCACA